AUGUCUGACAACGGAACCCCACCAGAGCCCGUGCUCGAAGUACCUCCUCCAACGGAAAUUAAGAUUCUGGAAACCGCUGAAGAUAUUCAGCAUCGUCGUCAGGAAGUCCUCGGCCAUUACUCGCAGUUCAAAGAGCAUGCGAAGAUUAAGAGGGAUCGCCUAGAGGAGGCUCGUCAGUACCAGUAUUUCAAACGUGAUGCUGAUGAACUCGAAAUAUGGAUUUUGGAGAAACUGCAGACUGCCCAAGAAGAGUCAUUCAAGGAUCCGACGAAUCUUCAGGUAUGA